AUGAAACCAAAUCCUCACAUCUUCCUUCCGUCUGGCAUCCUCUCUUUCAGGAAAAAAUGCAGCACCCAGCUGAGGGCCAUGGCAAAGUCAACCUCACACUUCUCUUGGCUACGACUCUUGGAUUCAUGGCGCCCAUGGCCGCCACCCUUUACCGCCGGUGCCGAAAGAAUAAGCCGGAGAAUGAUCCGAGUAUUGCUCCAGGGCUGGAGAGAACGGAGUCCGGCUAUGCCGCAAAGCUGGAAAAGUUCUCCCAUUACGUAGCAAGGCAAAUGGGAUUUGCAGAUCCGGAUGAGUGUCCCCAGUUAUGCAAUUUAGCUUAUGAUUAUCUCAAGAAAUCAAAGGGGUGUGAUGAAAACAUGUAUGAGUAUUUUUCAAGUCAACCAGACGCCGACUCGCUCUAUAUAAAACUGGUGGAGGAGCUUGACAGGUGCACCCUCAGCUAUUUUGGCUUUCACUGGACCCAGGCUUCUCUUAUGAUCAAUCAGGUGUUGAGUGUGGAGUCUGAUAAGCAGAAAACGAAGCUCAAGAACUUUGUGAUGGCCGCUACAAGGAAGCAGAGAUUUGAGAAGGUAACAAAGGACUUGAAGGUGACAAGGGUGUUCAAUACAUUGGUGGAGGAGAUGAAAGCCAUAGGGGUGGCGCCGUCCGGUGGUUGCACAGAGGUGAUGAUGCCAGUGGCCCUCAGUAAGAGGAGUCCUGUGCUCCUCCUCAUGGGCGGUGGUAUGGGUGCCGGCAAGAGCACUGUCCUCAAGGAGAUCAUGAAAGAAGCAUUCUGGUCAGAGGCAGCAGCAGACGCUGUGGUAGUGGAGGCAGAUGCUUUCAAAGAGACCGAUGUCAUUUACAGAGCCCUUAGCUCUCAUCACCAUGACAUGCUUCAAACUGCUGAGCUGGUGCACCAGUCAUCCACCGAUGCAGCAUCAUCACUCCUUGUGACUGCCCUGAAUGAAGGCCGGGAUGUAAUCAUGGAUGGAACCUUAUCAUGGGAGCCCUUUGUCCAGCAAACAAUUGCCAUGGCUAGGAAUGUCCAUAAAUGCCGUUAUCGAAUGGGGGUAGGCUACAAGGUGGCAGAGGAUGGAACUGUCACUGAAAAUUACUGGGAACAGAUACCACCAGAAGAAGAAGAGGAAGAGCAACAAAACGAAAAUGGACACGUAGAAAGGAAACCAUACAGAAUAGAGUUGGUUGGAGUGAUCUGUGAUCCUUAUCUAGCAGUUGUUAGAGGCAUCAGGAGAGCUAUAAUGACAAAACGAGCAGUGAGGGUGAACUCACAGUUGAAAUCCCACAAGAGAUUUGCAAGUGCGUUUCAGAGAUACUGCCAACUUGUUGAUAAUGCCAGGCUCUAUUGCACCAAUGCCAUGGGCGGCCCACCCAGCUUGAUAGGAUGGAAAGAUGGAGACAACAAGCUACUGGUUGAUCCUGAACAAAUCAAAUGUUUGACAGUAGUCAGCACUCUGAAGGAUGAUGCAGACAACGUCUACGAGCUUUACACGGAGCCAAAAAUUUUAUAUGAAGAGGGUUCAGUUUGGAAAGACAUUGUUCUGACACCUUCCAGGGCGAGCCUUCAUCUGGACCUGAGGACGUCAAUUCAGAAAAUAGAAAAUGCAAAAAAGUAAACGCCGUAUGAUCAAUGGUGGUCGAACGAACUUUGAUUUUACUGCUUCACUCCAAUAUUUGUUUGUACGUUUGGUAUUAUCCAAUGAUUUGUGCUGAGUACAUCCUGGUUGAUUCCUCAAAAGUAGUCUUUUCCCACAUCUUCACCUGAUUGUUGUGUCUUGUACCAUAUACAGUUAAAUGAUCCAAAAUGCUGCAUUGGCUCUCAA